UCUCCUGCAUGGGGUUUAAAACCAGGAGGUAUAGCCACCAAACACAGAACAGGGCCUUCCCUCCAGGAACGUAGACUCAGCAACAGGAAGAACCCCAGAGAUACCUUUGGAUUGCUGAGUGAUAUCAGCCAAAGAAAGAAAAUCCUGGUGUGUUCCUUAGCACAUCUCAGCAGAGAUGCCACCUCAACUUCCCAAUGGUACUGACUUCUCAGCCAAAGUUGUACAGGGAACCUUGGACAGCCUGCCCCAGGCAGUGAGAGAGUUUGUGGAGAACAACGUUCAGUUGUGUCAGCCAGACCACAUACACAUCUGUGAUGGCUCCGAUGGGGAGAACCAGCGGCUACUGGAGCAGAUGGAGGAGCAGGGGUCUGUUAAGCGUUUGAAGAAGUAUGACAACUGUUGGCUGGCUCUCACUGACCCCAGAGAUGUGGCCAGAAUUGAGAGCAAGACAGUCAUCAUCACCAAAGAGCGAAGAGACACAGUACCCAUCCCCAAGACCGGCCUCAGUCAGCUGGGCUGCUGGAUGUCCGAGGACGACUUUGAGAAAGCAUUCAAUGCUCGAUUUCCAGGGUGUAUGAAAGGUCGCACUAUGUAUGUCAUCCCAUUCAGCAUGGGGCCCCUGGGCUCUCCCCUGUCCAAGAUCGGCAUCGAGCUGACAGAUUCACCCUACGUGGUGGCCAGCAUGCGCAUCAUGACGAGAAUGGGGACAUCCAUCCUGGAAGCCCUGGGUGAUGGGGAGUUCAUCAAGUGCCUCCAUUCUGUGGGGUGUCCUUUGCCAUUAAAAAAGCCUUUGGUUAACAACUGGGCCUGCAACCCGGAGCUGACCCUCAUCGCCCACCUGCCUGACCGCAGAGAGAUCAUCUCCUUUGGCAGUGGCUACGGUGGGAAUUCGCUCCUGGGGAAGAAGUGCUUUGCCCUCAGGAUAGCCAGCCGGCUGGCCAAGGAGGAAGGGUGGCUGGCUGAGCACAUGCUGAUCCUGGGCAUAACCAAUCCCCAGGGCCAGAAGAAGUACUUUGCAGCUGCAUUCCCCAGCGCCUGUGGGAAGACCAACCUGGCCAUGAUGAAUCCCACACUCCCAGGCUGGAAGAUCGAGUGUGUGGGCGAUGACAUUGCCUGGAUGAAGUUUGACCAACAAGGUCACUUAAGGGCCAUCAACCCAGAGAAUGGUUUUUUUGGUGUUGCUCCUGGAACCUCUGUGAAGACAAACCCCAAUGCCAUCAAGACCAUUCAAAAAAACACCAUCUUCACCAAUGUGGCUGAGACCAAUGAUGGGGGUGUUUAUUGGGAAGGGAUUGACCAGCCGCUGGCCCCGGGUAUCAAGGUCACUUCCUGGAAGAACAAGGAAUGGACCCCUGAGGAUGGGGAGCCUUGUGCCCACCCCAACUCACGGUUCUGCACCCCUGCCAGUCAGUGCCCUAUCAUUGACCCUGCUUGGGAGUCUCCAGAAGGUGUGCCCAUAGAGGGCAUCAUCUUUGGAGGCCGCAGACCUGCAGGUGUCCCUCUAGUCUAUGAAGCUCUCAGCUGGCAACAUGGAGUGUUUGUGGGAUCAGCCAUGAGGUCAGAGGCCACGGCAGCUGCAGAACACAAAGGCAAAGUGAUCAUGCAUGAUCCAUUUGCUAUGCGACCUUUCUUUGGUUACAACUUUGGCAAAUACCUGGCCCACUGGCUCAGCAUGGCCCAACGUCCAGCAGCAAAGCUGCCCAAGAUCUUCCAUGUCAACUGGUUCCGGAAGGACAAAGAAGGCAGGUUCCUCUGGCCAGGCUUUGGGGAGAACUCCAGGGUGUUGGAGUGGAUGUUCAGCCGGAUCAACGGGGAUGACGGGGCCAAGCUCACACCCAUAGGCUACAUCCCAAAGGAAGGUGCUUUGAAUCUGAAAGGUCUGGGGGACAUCAACAUGAAGGAGCUCUUCAACAUCUCCAAAGAGUUCUGGGAGAAGGAGGUAGAUGACAUCCAGAAGUACCUGGAGGAGCAAGUGAACACUGACCUCCCUAAAGAGAUCCAUAGAGAACUCAUGGCCCUGAAGCAAAGGGUCAGCCAGAUGUAAUCAAAACCCAAGAGAGCCUUACCUUUAAAAUCACUGCCCCCUUCCCGACCAAUCCAAUGUACUAGGGCAAAGAGAGAGUGAGCGACAGAGAGAAUUUUCUAGAACUGACACGACCUGCAACACUGUAAUGACCACAGAUAUGAAAAACACACUAAUUUUUCAGGUAAGACUAUGGAGUACAGGCUAGUAACUAAUGGCUUUGGGAAGGGAAAUCAUAGCACAUCUCCAAAUUUACACUAUCCACUGCACAUUUGUUCAACUCUCAGGACACUCAGGCAUUUAGUCAUUUUUGUAUUUUCACUUUAGCUAUAUCAGUUAGCUGAAAUGAACAGAAAAAAAAACAUACUUGAGCUGUAUAUAUGUGUCUUGUGUUUGUGUGUGUGUGUACAAGUAUGUCUAUGUAAAUGGUUAUCUAAAAUGUAUUUAAUACCUUUGGAAAAAUCUUGGGCAAGAUUACUACUAGUUGUUUCUAGAAAGAAUGUUGCUUUAUUAUUAAUAUGUGUGUUUAAAUUAUUUUUAUAUGCCAUUAUUUCUUUACCUUUACAUAAUUUCAAUGUUUUCCCUUUAACACUUCUUGGAAAAAAAAUCACAAAAUAAACUUUUAUAGAAAAGAUAAA